CCCCAUGUUUUCCCCAAGUAUGGUGUAUGGUGACAUAACAAAUAGAUGGUCAAGCUUUAUAAAUACCAACGUUGCCGUUGUUCAUUUCAAACAAACGUUUUACUCCUAAGGCCAAACAGGUAAAAUAGAAAGAAUGAAGACUCUACAAGUUGUGUCUCUUACAUUGCUGUAUGUGCUGGCAGUCAACGCUCAGGCCAUCAGCUCGGGGAAAUGCCCACAGCCUUCGGUUCAGAAAGACUUUGAUCCUACAAGGUAUAUGGGCAGAUGGUACGAGAUCAUGAAGAUCCCAAAUUCAUUUCAGUUAGGAGAAUGCUGUCAGGCUACUUAUGCUUUGAGCGAUGGUAUUGUCCUGGUGCGAAAUGAUGAGCUUCUUGCCAACGGCACCAUCAGUUUCAUCGAGGGCACUGCCACGAUCACAGAUCCAUCCGAACCUGCUAAACUUCAGGUCAGCUUCUUUGAAGGUGCUGCGUCUCCCUACUGGGUUCUGGCUACAGACUAUGACAAAUACACUCUGGUUUAUUCUUGUACUCAAUUCGGUGUUGUCCGCGUUGAGUUUUCUUGGAUCAUGAGCAGGGACCGCACACUUCCCAAAGAGACCGUCUCUGAGCUGCUAGACAUCCUCAACGGCAAUGGCAUCAAUACAGUUAUGUUCACAGAGACUGACCAGAGACCAGAGCUGUGCAGCAGUGUGCAUUAAAAGCUGAAGAUGUGUUGAACUGUAUGAAAAGCUAGAUAAAUCUAAGCUUUUCUUACUUACACCCAGUGUCUCUCUGUGGUCUUUUGCAUGAAAACGUUAAUAAAUCUGCAGAAUAAACUGAACUGAAUACCAAG